AUGUGGUCUAAAUUUGUUGGUCAAAUAAAGAAUGCGACCGGUGCAAGUUCCUCGUCACAAACUAACGUUCCUCUUGGGUUGCCCGAAAAGCAAUUUGUAAAGAGAAGAUCUAUACAAGGCUCGCCAAAGAGUCCUAGACUUACUGAGGCUAAACGACGCUCGAGCUUACUGUUUGGUGUUAUAGACGAGGUAGCAGCUCGAGAACUAGUUAUUUCACCACGUAAAACGAUUCCCGUUGAACAACUCCAAGAAUUACGCUCACUCUUCCAACAAUGGCAGAAUGCUUUUGAGGAAAAGGAACGAAGUAUUCUUUUAUCAAAAACCGUACGAAAAUUUUGUGAUAUAUAUGUGGAAGCACCAGAACUUGUGGCAGACAGUUUGGAUAAUUUGAGAUCGUUCACAAAUGUCGUUUCAAAACACUUGAUCGCCGGGAUUCGUAGCGUUCCUGAUACAGGAUCGGAGGCCAGUCAGGAGAUUUUACGCAAAUUAUCGUCAAGAGAACAUUUAUUCUUUUCAUUAAAAGCACUCAACAUUCUGUGCAAUGGACCACCACAUGUACUCGAUACAAUAAAAGAAAAUGGGCUUCCGACAAUUUUAAUUAGAGCCUUUAGCAGUUUCGUCGAAUUACCACCGCAACUUGAUCUCAACGCGCCUAUCAAGCCACAAUCUGAGGGAAGUUCCUCAGACUCACAAACCUUAACUCCGGUAGAUGUCGUAGCAGACAUUUUCACAGAUAUCCUCGUUCAUUUUGUUACAAAUCCGCCAAUAUUGCAACGACUAGUUGAAGAGGACAUAUUACUUUAUUUGGUUACAAUGAUUUUGAAUGAUAAACAAAAUAAAUCUGAAGAUGAAGAAAAUGGGUUUUUCUGGGAAGCUAGAGGACUUGAGGUGCUCACCGAGCUUUUUUCAGCGAAUGCAGUCAAUCAGGAACUUAUUACAUAUUUUGAGAACAAAGAUAUAAUGGGCAGACUGAUCAAAAUAUUGAAAAAUGGAGUAGAUGUAAAAAAUAAGAGAUUCGUAUAUAGUCAACAAUUAGUUCUUGCUGGUUCACUUUUAAUUGAAUUAAUUCAGGGAACUGUGGAUUUGUCGCCAAUUUUUUUAGAAAAGUUCUCUGGCCUGCAAGGAUACGAAACUUUAUUCAAUUUAUUACUCUUGCCACCUUUUGAUGAGAAUUCAUCUUCUACAAAGGAUACCGUAAUUACCUUGGUAGAGGAUCUUGUGUUUGCCGGAACUGACGAUUUAAAGCCCAUGGCAUCGAAUGCUGCGCCAUAUCAACAUGAAGAUUUCCGUUUACCUGAAGGAGACAAUGAAAAUGGGACCCUCGUUCGUAACGAACAGGCUCUACAGAUUCUGGUUUCCGCACUUGUAUAUCCAGAAAUAUCUUCACAAUUAAAAGCCAUAGUCACAGUUGACAGCGGCAUAUCAAUGCCCGAAAGUUUCCAUAAACGUAUAGUCAUUGCUAUCACUGAUAUAAUAAAGUCGAAUCCGAUGAAUUAUUUUAUAACGGAAUCAUUGAACAUUUUACCCACAUUUAUCGAACAAUUGGAUAAAUUUGGGAUAACUGUACAGGCAAGUUAUGAUAAAUCAAUACUCGACUUGUUAGUUUUUACGAUGGCAGAUUUAAAUUAUGUUCCUUUUCGCGAAUUAAUUGUCCUCUGCCUGCAUUUUCAAGGUCAAUCAUCUAAACAAACUACUGCUCUUGUAUGUAAGACUGUAAUAUCAUUGUUGCGUUCUUCACCUAAAUUCAAGGACGUAUUUCGUGAGAUUGGGCUUUUGAACAUGUUAUGUAGCCUUAUACAAGAUUUAGCAACCACUUUGCAGGAAAGAUUUGGCAACACACAUUUUGUAAGGCGAAUUUCAAUUACGCAGUUGAAUGAUAUUCUGAAUUCACAAAAACGCAAUAGCGACCAAAAGAAACUACGAUUUGGUCCCGAAGUAGUAGAAAAUUUUCAAUUGAUAUCUGCGUGCAUGGUAGAACUGCUGAAAGGCAGUAAACCAAAUAUUUCUUUAUUUGGAGUGACUUUCAAAGGAAAUUUAUUUGAUUUGCUGCAGUACGACGAGACGCGUGAUGGUGCACUUGCAAUUUUCGAGACAUUAGUUGUCGAUGGAUAUAUUUUAUCGAGUGGCGAACCACAAACUCCAAAAUCACAUACAUCUAGAUCAUCAUCAUCUUCUGUGUCUACUAUUGAGCACUCAUUCCAAUUUGGACGAUUAAUUGAAAUAGUUCAAACACUAAAUCGACUAGAUCUAAAAAUGAAAAUACAUAUUUUAUCUUCAAUGAGGCGAAUCUUGGUCGCCUGUCCAGAAAUGAAGGAUGUUUUUCGGGAAACAGGAGGUUUUGUCUGUCUUGUUAGUUUAUUAGUCAGCUUAGAAGACGUUUAUGAGCAUUUAUCUAAAGAUAAUAAUAGUCAAAAGAUCAGAGAGCAAGAACAAUUGGAAACUAUUAUUGAUCUUGAAAACUGUGAUCUUCCUACGAAACAACAAACAAUUGAUAUUUUGAAGGGAAUUUUCUUUGUCUUUGCUGAUGCAAUGUCCAAUCAUGAUUUUAAUCGAAAAUUUUUUAGUAAUUCUAUUGGGUUCAAAUCAAUUGAAGAUGCAAUUCGUCUCACCGAAAUUCUUGGGCCAUCAGGCUCCGCUGAGCAUCUUUUUGGAAUUCUAUUUGGAUUUGCGCUCGAAGAUGAAUCGGUGUGUGACAUAUUUGUAGAGAAAAGUGUUGUGAAUGAAAGUCAAACGUCAAGAUUUAAUGAAGCGCGUCAGUUAAAAAUCAAUAAAGCUUUUGGAAAAGUGACAGAUGAAAUUCGAAAUCCAGAUGUAAUCCCUACUAUCUUGCACUUACAAACUUAUGUUCGUUAUAACGAAACAUUAAGUUAUGAAAUUUACGAGGCACUAACAUCCCUUGCUUUUGCUAAUCGACGAAAUCAAGUAACAAUGAACCAAUCAGGCGUAGUCGAGAUUUUAUUGAGACGUUUAUUUUCAAUCCCAGAAUCUGUAAGCGAAAGUGAAUUGGAAUUACGAAAUAUACCGGAUAAAAUGGAGAAGCGAAUAUUGACAAGACUCGCGCAACGAUUAAUUGAAAUGGGCGUAUCUACUACCGAGAUUCGGUUUCUCUUUGAACAAUUUGAAAAUAGCAAUGAUUCAGUUGAGGAAGUUUUCAUAGAUGCUGAUGGGUCGCCGAUGUCUGUCAUGGACAUGGUUUUCUUUGGAGUUCAAAGGAGUCGUUGGCCGCGUUUCGUACAAUUUGAUAUGAGUCCUUAUGGCUUUUCAUGUCUUGAAAUGAGCAGACUCACCGAUCGACAAUUCCCUCCAACUAGUUCAGGAUAUACUUUUCUAGCCUGGCUUGAUAUCGAAAGCUUUGACCCUCAUAUUAAUUUGACACUUUUGGGUUUGAGCGAUGAUGAACAGAAAUGUUAUUUGCAUGUUUAUAUUGAAGCACAUACACAUAAACUAGUAGUAAACACAUCACCUCAACUAGGUGCUCGAUUUGAAAAUCACGAAUUUCGAACUGGAUGUUGGUAUCACAUUGCACUUGUUCAUCAUCGUCCACGUGCUGGAUCGAUAUCUUCAAUGUCUCUUUACGUGGAUGGAAGAUUUGUCGAAAAUUCAAAAUGUCAGUAUUUAGGGCAGCCUGCGCCCUAUAAACCAAUCCGAACAUUUUUAGGAACGCCUUCUGAUGUUGCAAGACAACUGGGCAAAGGUAAAUCUACUCUAGCAUGGGAUCUCGGUCCAUGUUAUCUAUUUGAGGAUGAUAUCGACGGCGAUAUUAUCAGUGUAUUUUAUCAUUUAGGCCCUAGAUAUUCAUCUAAUUUUCAAGAUUCAUUGGGACAAUUUCAAACUUAUCAGACAUCGACACUUUUAAAUAUGAAACUUGAUGCGAUGAGCCGUAAACGUAAAGAUGCUAAUCUAGAACUUGAUCAUUUGGCGAUGGUGAAUGCCAUAAGAGGAAAUAAUAGUCAAACCCUUCCCGAGGAAAAAAUCAUUUUUUCAUUUUCCGCAAGUAACGUUCUUGUGUCUGGACAGAACGCUAGUAUAUUAGGAUCCGGUCUUUCUGAAGGUACUAUACAAGCGCUGGCGAUUGGAUCAGCAAAUAAAAAAGUCAUUCUCAAUGCGGCAGUUCCAAAAGUGGAACGAGCUUUACGAGUAGCACAUGGACUGGCAUAUCUUAAAGGUGAUCCAAUUGUCGCUAUUCCUUACGGAAUGGACGAUUCCAUUUGGAAGAUUGGUGGAUCUGCUGUUGUUUUAAGAUUGAUUGAAAAAGCUGAGACUACAAAAGAUCUCUACAAAGCCGUUUGUACACUCAUCGAAUUGAUUCGAUUUAGUUGGAGGAAUUCUGAAGAUAUGGAACGAAUUCAUGGAUAUGAAAUUUUGGCAUUUUUACUAAAACAAAAGCAUGGGCUUUUAUCACUGGAACUAUUGAAUUUGUUGCUUGUAUUUGUUGGAUUUAAUCCAAUCAGUCCGACUGAUUCGGUAAUCGUGAAUCCUCUUGCAUACCGUUUCCUUAUUUUGGAUUUUGAGCUAUGGAAACGUGCUGGAGAUACUGUGCAACGUGCACAUUUGCAACAAUUUACAGCUUUUAUUCAUUUAAGUUUGCACCAUCAUUUCAAUGCUAAGCGAUUGAAUGUUGUUAAGAAAAUGUUGGUCGCCUUAAAAACCAAUGCGUAUUCUAAAGACUUGUUGGCCGAGUUUGUAGCCACUUUAAAGAUAGUAGUAAAAUAUAAUUUUACAACCGAAGUAAUACGUGCUAUUGCCACAUUUUUAGUCUCAACUCUGAAUAAACCUUCAGGAAAUCGGCGGCAAAUGCGUAGAGAUUCUUCAUUGAAACGCAGCGUCACUAUACCACCCAAAACAAUUGUGACAGACGUAAGGACAUUACCUCCUGACACACCUUCUAGACAGGUUGGUGUAAUGUUGAUGGAAAUGCUAACGGACAUUGUCUGCGACAAAUUGAAUCCUUUUUACAUUAACAAAUUCUCAACGACAAUCACAAACAAAUGGCCAUUAUUAUUUUUUGGUGAAGAUUCCAAUCCAUCAUGGGUGGUUUGUGCCGCGCGAAUUCUCGCGAGACUUUUUCAUUCUCAAGGGUCAACUUAUAUUACAAAGUUCCGCACGACUUCCGAAGGAUUCAUUGUUAUGCAAAAAUUGCUCCCACAAUGGUGGUAUUUAACGCAACUGCAACAAACGUUAUUUGCAAUGCUGUUUGGUCGAGAUAUUUGCGAUGUACCUAUGGACUUGCCUUUUGAUCUAUUUGCGCUAGUAAAUAUAUAUAAAGGACAGGAUGAACGUACUUAUAUACAAUGCCCUGAUGUGAUGCCAAUUAUUUUGUCCAUGAUGAAGGAAGGAAUUGACGCAAUUGUACAAUUAAGUCGUGAGAUCGAAGACAAUACAUUAAUUCGAGGUAGGACACAAGAUGAUUCGUUGCUACAAACGGACAAAAGACGAUUAAAAUCACAUCGCAGAAAAUCACGAUCACUCACUCGUGAAGUGGAAUUGGCAAAAAAUCGAAUGUCAGAUUUGAUCGCAGCUGAACCAGUCCGGGAUGAAACAAAAGAACAGCUUGCAAAACUCUCUCAAGUACAACAAACACUCGUUCAUUUUAUUGCGGAAAUGUACUCCACAUCUAGUGAAUUUGGUGAACUUUGCUGCAAAAGUGAAGUGAUGGAUGGCAUUGUCGAAAUUCUAUUUCCCAUCGUAUGCGCCUCUGAUGAGGUGUCUGUGGAAAUGGAAUUAAAUUCAAAAGAUAUCGAUCUUUCUUUUGAUUCGGAAUCAUCUUUUGAUGUGCACUUGGGCAACAUUAAUCCUCAUGUUUUGCCAAUCCUUACCAAUAUGAAACGACAGCAAUCGCAAGUUCAUAUUGAUGAGCCAGCUGAGGAAUUGAAGUCUUUUCCGACCGGAAGUGAUGCAAAUAUCAAACCAUUAUUAGGAUUGGAUAUGGUAUUAAGGUCGUUUCCACCAUCUUUAUUGGAUCAUCAGAUCCAAUUCGAGAGCUACAUAUAUUUACAUGUUGUAGCAUAUUUAAAGAGUACUUUACAACUUGAUUUGUCUUUAUUGGCGGAUCAACGUGUCUUCUCUAAUACUGCACGAUUUGCUCAACACGCUGUCGAUGCAAUUUAUCAAGGAUGGUUUUUAAAUGGGCGAAAUCAAUUAUAUGAGCUUAUUACCAUUGUUCUCGAAGCCACGCAACGACAAGAAGAAGCCAAUGGUAAACAACGCGCAUCUGAUUCAACUAUGAACACUCUUUACCGCUCAUUGAAUCGAAUAAUCGUUUUUAAGCUCCACGAGAUUAGUCAAAUCUCACCAGAGGUCUCGAUGAUUAUUGAAAUGCUCACUCAACUUAUAUACCAUCAAAAGAUUAUCUUUGGUCAGUAUAACACAGAUAUAGAUUUUCUUCGGUGUCUGUGUUAUCAUUUAUACAAAUUUUUACUCUAUGAAAACCAGGAUGUUAAAAAGAGUUCGAUGAGCAUUUGGAAGUUGUUGAUGCUUCAGAAACCGAAUGAAAUGCAUACCAUUUUGAAAACUAAGGUUCGAGGAAUAGAAUAUAAAGAAUUGAUCGAAGGAUUCUCUAAACUUUUGGAAAUGGAAAUAGACUCAUUCCUUGAAUGGAUAGAAAUUCGGCGAGAACAACUCGACUCACUAUUUCAAGAUCAUUUCCUCCGAAUAUGGGAAACAGUAAUUGCCAACGAAGUAAGAAACGGCAAAGAAUCGUUAAAAAACGCACAUUCUAAACGGAUGACCAAACUUAAGCGCGUGUAUAAGCGAGGAUCAUUCGACCAAGAUUUCUUUGAUCAAUACAAAAUCAAAACAAAUCAAUGGUCUAAACAUAUACAAGAUAUUGAAAUUAGUAGAUAUUAUAAGUCGUUGCAAGAUAAUGUGGAUCAUGAUAAUUAUGUAAGAUCGGAAUGGGCGAAAACUUCGGUGGAUCUGUUUCGCGAGCGUGCUUUGUGGGGGCCGAAGAGCGAAGUGGAUAAGACUAGUAGAUGGAGGCUUGAUUUUACGGAAGGACGAUGUCGUAUGCGAAGAAAAUUGGAACGAAAUGAAGAUUUGCAAGUCUUCUCUUAUAAACCGAAAAGCAGUAAAUAUGAAAAUGCGGAGGAUAAUAAAUCUUUUACAGCAUCACAACCUCUAGAAUUAAAUAAUCCCAAUAAAUCAAAUACGUUGAAUGUUCCCUCGAUUGGGCCAAAAGUGAAAAAACCUCAAAGACAAAUGACGUUAAGGCCGGGGGAAACCGAAAUAAAACCAUCAGAAGAUUCUGAAGAUACCGGUAUGUAUGAGGAUUCACGAUUACCGAAUCACUAA